GUCAAUACACGUCAACCGGAGAACAUGAUGCCUCUUUGCAAGUCAACUCGUGUGCUCUGUGGCUGAUAUAACGUUAGGUACCUCGAGCUGAAAUAUUAUAGCUCUAUUGUACUGGAAAACGUGGUGUGACAGCCCCCGGGUCCAGCAAAUGGCCUGCUUCGUAUCGCCGCACUGACGGGAGAGUGUCGCCACAUUGUCGUUCAAGCUGGCAGGGCGACACAGAAAUCAACUUUGUCUAUUUUUAAUGGACACGUUUCGAGCGGCGGCGGCGGCGGCGGCGGCAGCGGCGGCGGCGGCGGCGGUGGGCGGUUUGUUUUCCUUUAGUCUUUAUCUGUAGCUGCUGUAGCGAGCCCCGCGUGAGCCCCCCGUGAGCCCCCCGUGUGUCCCCUGCUCGUCUGGCUCACCCUCCACUCUUCCACAACCAGUCCCAUUAAGAACAGCAUGGUCAUGGCUGACAGUGGACAAAAACCGCUGAUCCGGGGUCCGGUCCGAGUGGGCUUCUACGACAUCGAGCGCACUUUAGGAAAGGGCAAUUUCGCUGUCGUGAAGCUGGCUCGACACCGAAUAACCAAGACCGAGGUGGCCAUUAAGAUCAUUGACAAGACCCAACUGGAUGCUGUCAAUCUGGAGAAGAUCUACAGAGAAGUUCAGAUCAUGAAGAUGCUGGAUCACCCCCACAUCAUCAAGCUGUACCAGGUGAUGGAGACGAAGAACAUGCUCUACUUGGUUACGGAGUAUGCCAAGAAUGGGGAAAUCUUCGACUACCUGGCAAAGCAUGGCCGUCUCAGUGAGCUCGAAGCCAGGAGGAAGUUCUGGCAGAUCCUGUCUGCAGUGGAGUAUUGUCACAACCGCAACAUUGUCCACAGGGACCUGAAGGCGGAGAAUCUGCUGCUGGAUGGCCAAAUGAAUAUCAAGAUUGCAGAUUUUGGAUUUGGGAACUUCUUCCAGCCUGGGGAACCUCUGUCCACAUGGUGCGGCAGCCCACCGUACGCUGCUCCAGAGGUCUUUGAGGGCCAACAGUAUGAGGGUCCACAGCUAGACAUCUGGAGUAUGGGGGUGGUGCUUUAUGUGCUGGUGUGUGGUGCGUUGCCCUUCGAUGGGCCCACUCUGCCUGUACUUCGACAAAGAGUCCUAGAAGGAAGGUUUCGCAUUCCCUACUUCAUGACUGAAGACUGUGAGCACCUGAUCCGCAGGAUGUUGGUACUGGACCCAUCAAAGCGUCUGUCUGUGGCCCAGAUCAAGGAGCACAAGUGGAUGGCCCUGUAUGCUCCCGUACAGAGGCCUGCCCUGUACCAACAGCCUCCGUCUGCUGAGGGCGAGGCGGGUGUGGGAGAGUACAGCGAACAGGUCCUUCGCCUGAUGCACAGCCUCGGCAUCGACCAGCACAAGACUAUAGAGUCUCUUCAGAACAAAAGCUACAACCACUUUGCUGCUAUCUACUACCUGCUGGUGGAGCGGCUCAAGGCCCAUCGCUGCAGCUUCCCCGUUGACCAACGGCUUGACGCUCGCCAGCGAAGGCCCAGCACCAUUGCCGAACAGACUGUCGUCAAGCCGAACAGUGGUUCAGCACAGGUGGGUUUGCUCCCGCAGGGUGUCCGUCUGUUGCGCUCCCCUGCUGUGCCCCAAACCUCCUCCGAUGCCUUCACCUUCCCCCAGACUGCAUGUCUCCUGGAGCAGAAUUUCCUGGUGGAGGAUGUCAACACACCCAAAGUAAACGGCUGUCUGCUGGAACCCCUGCCUCCCUCCACUGUCCUCCGCAAGUCGUCCACCUCGUCGCCUAGCAACAUGAUGGAGACGUCGAUCGAUGAGGGCAUCGAGACCGAGGAGCCCGACACAGACGAUGAGCCGCCCCACUUGCUCUCAGCCUAUCAAACAGCACGGUUUGGCCAGCGGCGACACACCCUCUCUGAGAUGACCAAUCAGCCAGGGCCUUCGAACCAAGGUAAAUUAUUUGCUAUAGGCCACAACCCCUCCAUGGGCAGCAUGGACUCAGACAUGGGCUACGACAUGGGCUCCAUGCAAAGUGACCUUGGCCUGUUGGACGAUCCCCCAUCUCUCAGUGAAGUGGUACCGGCCAACAGCUCUGCCCCCGGCAUUACCACUGCGCCUUUCUUAAGCGCUCGGCCCGCCAACCCAGCAAUGGCUGUCCUGACCUCUCAGCACAGGGAGACGCACAAUCGCUCCCCCAUCAGCUUCAGAGAAGGACGCCGUGCCUCCGACACCUCUCUCACCCAAGGUCUGGUUGCGUUUAAGCAGCACCUCCAGAACUUGGCGAGGACCAAAGGCAUCCUGGAGCUGAACAAAGUCCAGAUGCUGGUGGAGCAGAUGGGGUCCGGGGAAGGGGCCUGCAUGGGGACCCUGGGACCACAGCACCACUUGCACAACCUCCUGGAGGGUGAGGCGUCCAAGCAGCAGGAAGGCCUAGCUUUAUACCAAGGUGGGCCGCAGCCACCUCUCCUGUCCCGCAGACAGAGUUUAGAGACACAGUACCUCACUCAUAGACUACAGGCCAAUGUUUUAGCAAACAGUCCUGCUAGCUGCCAACUUUUCUGUCAGGACACUCGAGGUUUAGAGCAACAGCUGCAGGAACACAGUGGGAUCUACUGCGCUCCCAACAGACUGAACCAGAAGAGGAUGUACCUGCAGCCGUCGCAAGGCACGGGGCUGCAGGUGUACUUCAACCAGAUGCAAAUAGCUGAAGGAUCCUACCCGAUAGGAGGCCCUGCUCUGGACUCAGUGGCUUCUCAAAGUUCCCCUCGGGGCCCCCCCAUGUCAGCCGCCCACCAGCCUCAGCAGCAGGGCAGUCCUCAGGCCUCGCCUCCCUUCAGCCAACCCCAUAGCCUGAGCCCCUUGAUGGAACCGGGCGAGGGCCUGGUUUAUGAUCCCUACAUGAGCCACCACCACUACACCCAACAUCUGCCUCCUGGAUCUCACCUCCACCACCAGCUCCACCAUCCUCUGCCUCAUGAAGCCUCUGCCAGCAGCCUGGGCUUCAGCUACCCUGUGGGCUGUGAGCAGCAGGCCUUGGGGCCUUCCAAUGAGGGUCUUCACCAAGAGCAGUAUGAGUUCCCACUGGGCCCCGCUUUGUUGCCCCCGCCUGCUCCAGGAGAGGCUGUGGCUGGGAUUUUGGCUGGGCCGGGCCAGUCAGACAGGCUGGGCCUGCCUGAGCUGCAAGGCUCUCUCCUGGACAGCGAGAUGAUGGAGACUGUGGACUCCCAGCAUGGCUUUGUACUAGUCAACUAAAGCCAGCUGAAGGGUUUAAUAGAAAGCAGUAUUAAGCAAUGAAAACCUACAUAGCACGAAGAGCAGAGUGAAUGAAGAUGUAAGUGGAGGCCACAAGUGUAGCAAUGGGGAAGGAAAAGUGUUUACGACUAAUACAAACUUCAUUUCUUAGUUGUGGUGAAUCUCAGACAACCAUUCUACGGCACUCCUCCUAAGCUCACUUCCUUUUCUCCCUCUCCUCCUCUGUUCUUGCUCUCAUCAGCUCUAUGAGGCUAACUCGGCGAGGCUGUUGUUGUCAUGGACGUUGUCACACCUGUGAAGAUUGGGCCUUGCAGCCCGGGAGGUGCUGCCAGAGUGCAGCGUUUCACCAGGAAAGGGUUCGGAAGAGAACUAAUUUACCACCGACUGUCGGACAACCAUAAGGACAAUAGAUAAUAUUUAAAAUAGGACACCUUCUACAUCAAUAGACUGGUUCUCAAAACACUUCUGUGGAUUUGUUUUUAUUAUUUCAGUAGAUUAAAAAAAACAACUGAACAGAAAAAUGGCCCUCAUUUAUCAUGGUACCAUAUCACCGCAGAUUCAAGUGUUGAAAGUGUUUUUUGCCCAUUUUACAGAAAUAAUUGUCCACACUGACGUGGGUGCAAAGGACAACGUGGUGGCUAUAUUUAUGAGGUUUCAACACUAACAUAUACAGUAACCCUAACCAUGCAGAUUGAAGCACCACAUUGAUUAGUUAUGCACCGUUUGUGCUUAACAGUGCUAAACUCUAUCCCAGCAGUUUUUGUAGUUUUAAUUAAUGAAAAAAUAAUAUAUACAGCACAAUUCUGUAGCUGCAGGCUUUUUGUGUGGGCCAUGUGACAUAAAUAAUAGCCUUUGGUUUUUUAAAUAAAUUGUAACUACUGAUCCUGAUUUAUUUCUUACACUACUGAACUACCUUUUUCCAGCUUUCCAUCCGAUCCCUGACACUUGCCAGGUGGCAACUAUUUCACAGUUGAAUUAUGGGUGAUGCGUUUGCCUGAUAAAUGAGGGCUGAUGUAAUUAACAUGUGUUUGGUUCGGAAGUUGUGGUGUUUUAGACAGUCAAUGUUAUUCUAUUUUUGUGGCAAUACUGAAGCAAUAUUAAUCCUUAAUGUUGAGGGGUUAUGGAUGGAAGACUCACUUUGACAGCCAACUCUGAUUGGUUCCUGGGGACCUGAGUCAUCAGCAGUGACAUCACUUGUGCUGAUGAUGUAACCAGGACAUAAUCUCCCCCUCACUCGCCCUGGAAAUGCAGGGACAAGCCUGGAGAGAGCGAGUGUGAUUAUGUUUGUUUGCACAAUUCAUACUGCAACUCUUCUGCAUUCAUGACAUAAUUUGUCGGGAAAAAAAGACAAACACUGUAUUGACGUCUCCUGUUUAAAAUAACACAAACUGUGCUUUACCCCUCAGGGCACAGUCGUAGCUUUUAGAAUAAUUCUGGUUUACAUCCUCAAUGCUCCAGUCAUGACUCUGUGUUGUUAGAUUAUUCAUGUGUAUGAUCGUGGAAUGGCCCCUUAACGAUUCCUGCAUUGGACUUAAGUGAAAGAAUGUUUUCUCUCUGACAUUGUGGUGGCUGUGAGACGAAGACCAACAGAAUAUCAGUCACCUGACACUGGAUUUUGACUACAUGCUCACCACCGCUCUUUGACUGACAGGUGAAUCGGAAACGAGAUGAAAGACUUUUCUUCUUUCUUUUUUUUUUUUUACAGCACUUGGACUGUGUUUAAUCUACUUGAAGCGCACAGAUGUAUCUUCUCUGAAAGAAGAUGAUGAUGAUGAUGAUUGAAAAAAAAGAAAAUAACUACUUUUCAUUGGAAUAACAGGACAGCUAACGUCCGAAUGUAACGAUGAGAUUAUUGGACUGUGACAAACUGCCAAACUUCGGUGAUCUUGGGUUUAACUCUUUUUUUAGUGUUUGUUUGUCAGAUUAGCCUUCGAAACAAAACGGUCCGUCAGUCGGUCGACUACUGAGCAGAUGUUGUAGAGUUCACAAUCGGACUCUAAAGUACAGGUGUGGUUUGACUAGAAGACUUUAGAGUUGCAGUUAACGGUCUUAAAUGAUGGCUAAAAAAUGUGGACCAACUAUUUAUUUACUGUUAUAGUCCUUUGCAAGACUUAAAGGAAAAAUCCACCCUAAAAUUGACCCAACAGUCCAAAUUAAUUUUAUGGCGUAUUUACAUGUUUUUUUUUAAAAACGUAAACAUUAUUAUUGCUGAAGAUUUGCUCAAUAUCUUAAAGGAAAAAUCCACCCUAAAAUUGACCCAACAGUCCAAAAUAAUUUUAAGGCUUAUAUAAAUUGUCCGCUCUACAACAGAGUACAAUGUUGGCAAUGCACAGUUUUUUUUCAGUGAAAGUUUUUAAUCUAAUUAAAUGUUUAGUAUAAUUAAUUAAUAUGACAUCACGUGGAGAUAUUUCUCGCACAUAACAUAACAAGAAAACGGCAAGUUUUAGUGAAUCACCUUUUAGUUCCGACAUUGAACAAUAGACUGAGACACUAAUGAUUUGACAACAAUGGCCUCGUUGGACCAGAAUGCACCACGUUCCCAAUACAUGUUGCUGAACAGGUUGUGUGGUUGCAUUAAUUGUUCCUCCCAUAGAUUUAUAAAUGAUUGAUAUGUUUAUAUGGUAAUACACCCACUGUUUAUUGACGGGAAUGAGCUCACACCCAGUGUGUGUCUCAUGAUGAAAAAGAGGAGGGUUCAACAUGAAAUUAGCCUUUUGUAGUUCAUGUUGUCGAUACAUGAUCACGUGAGUGUCACGGGGUGGGUUUUGCCUUUAAGUGAAUAUUGUGAUGAUUAUUUGCUAUCAGGCUAGAACCGCUACAGGAUGACCUGUGGAGGUUUAUUACUUUGACAACCAGGGGAAGAAGAGAUGUAGCCAGAGAGGAGGAAGUGGGAAGAGGUUUGAAUCACGCCGCUGUUUCCUGACAGGUGAAACUAACCAAAAUCUGUAAGAAACGCCUUUCCCAACAAUAAUGGACAUAAAACACAUUUCUUUCAAAGAAAGACCAGACACAGUAAUACUCUAUCUGAUUGUUGAUUUUAAUCCAAGAAAGAGAAACACUUCUUUGUACAAAUUAGUGGUGUAGUGAAUCUUCGGUGCACCGAGGUGUAUUUUGUGUGGAAUGUGAAAAAGUGUUCAGUGUGCCUUCUACUUUCCCAUUUUUUGCAAAAUUAGGUUUUUAAAUUGCACUUAUUUCUGGUGGCACACUUUUAUCAUUUAAUUUUCUUAUUUUUCUUUAUUCUUCUUUUUAGAGCCAGUUUUUACAAAGGUACAAAACCAAAGUCCCUCAGAAGUUUCCCUGUACGACCCACCGUGUGGUGUUUUGGAGCUUCUUUGUCAGUUUCUCUACAGUGCUUUUUCUUGUUGGUCAAUCGGUGUAUGCCAUUUAAAAGUAUUAUAGCAAUAUUUCUCUAGUUGAAGACUAAAGUCAUGAAGAUUCUAGUGGAUGUGUUUCCAAGUAUCAUAAUUUCACCUCCUGCUGAUAAAAUAAAACAUCAAUCUAUUAAUAGAAAUCCACUUUUGUAUUUACCUUCAUUGAUGUUGAGCACACAUAAGCUAACUUGCUGUUGAGAUUAAAAAAGGUUUAUUGAACGUAAA